AUGACUGCUGAACCGCCGUCUGCAUUUAACUGGCUUGACCAGGCUUUACCACUCGUACAAGAAGACUCGCUCCCAUCAAGCAAACCAGCGGAGGCGCCGAAGAGACACGCAGCCUGUGACGAGUGCCGAAAACGUAAACUAAAGUGCACAGGAGACGUAAACGGCUGUCGUCGAUGUACUAGGCAUGGCCUCUACUGUCACUAUUCGUUUCAGAAACAGAUGGGACGACCACCAAAAACAGCUAGAAGCCUGGUCGGACUCAACAACAGGACAGGGUCACGUAGCCUUGGGUCGGCAGAGAACCCGGACCUGGCGUACGGUACACCGGACGCACUAGGUGCACUUGAGGCUAGCAAUAUGUGCCCUGCAAUAUACAAGACUUUCAUGAAGAAUACGUAUGAUGUGCGCCCUGGGCCGUUUAUAAGUGAUGGACCUUUGUCCGGAUCGAACGAUUCGCUACAGCAGGCUGCCCCAGAAACAUCGACUAUGAUACCCAGGGAUAUUGACUACUCUCAGAUUUCGUCUUUGCUCUCCCCCUCCCAGACAAGUCUGGAAUCAAGCCCAAAUACCAGCACAGCCAGUCCGGCCCCGUCUGCAUUUCCUCAAGUGCUAGCACCCUGCUCAUGCCUGUCCCAUCUAUACCUAUCCUUAAGCUCCCUUGCAACUCUCAGCUCAUUUCCCCUCUCUCCGAAUACCUUAAUUACCCUAUACAACGCCUCCAAGACGGCCAGCGGAGUACUAAGCUGCCAAAUCUGCCCACAAACAUACAGCUCUGCAGUGCAGAAUCUCAUGCUGCUGGGAACCCUGCUCACAUGUAUUGCUAAUUCCUGGUAUGAGAUCUCACUAAUGGACGCCGAACCUCUCGCAACGGAAACCCUCGGCCAGUCAACUAUCAGCUCGCUUCAGACUGAUAGCGAGGCCUGGAAAUCCUUUUUGAAGGAUUGGCUAUAUCAAAUUGUUCGAUAUGCGGUUAUCGGUCACCCCACACCCCCCAAUGCCCCUUAUGUUCAAAACCAAUGUGAAGAGAGUCCAAAUCUAUUGAGCCUGGUAGAAGGAAUGGAGGCACGUCAGAUGCAGUGGCAUGCCGCCAGGUUGCCGCUGGUUAACCCCAGUUGUCCUCGGGAGCACGCAGAAUCUUCUUCUACCGCUGGCCAAAAGGAGUCCGAUUACUUUUGUGUUCGCGUUGCUGGUAACGCCAGGCAGAUUAUCGACCGAUUUCCCUUUAGUGCUGAUGAGUUACAGAAUAGAAAGUGA